AAACCUAGCCAGCAUCAUAUAAAUUUCACUCUACGCAAGCUGGUGAAGCAACUACUUCCGUUCUGGGAAGGAGUCUUCUAUGUACACACCGCGCGCUAUCUUCUCGGGCGAAGAGUCUUCAUAGCGCUCAUUCCUGCUGUAUGUGACACCGAAGGCGCACAUCAGCUUUCGGGAUUUGCUUCACAUAGCCAUACAUACUUUUGUCGACGAUGCCUAUUACAAAUUGGCGACAUUCACAACCUUGUUCCCAAAACAUGGCUAAUGCGGGACUCUGCCCAGCAUAGAGAAUUAGCUCUCAAAUGGAAAGAGGCUUCGACGGAAGAAGAAUGCCAGAAAAUUUAUGACAAGUAUGGUAUCCGGUGGUCGGAGCUCUUAGAGCUACCGUACUGGGAUCCCGUUCUUUUCACCAUCAUCGACGACAUGCAUUUUGCGCAACUCGGCCUGUUUGAAACUCAUCUCCGUGACAUAUGGCAAAUUGACCACAAAAGUGACUAUAAGAUCCCACCGUUUGAUACUUCUGAUCCGCCUCGAAUGUCCAAAGAUGAUAUGGGACGGAGAUUACUACUUUGGGUGAGCCACAGUACCAUCAUUCAACCGGAUAUGAAACGAACUAUUUUGCCUACUUGGAUUCAAUCACCGCCUCCAAAUUGGGGUACUCCUGCACAAGGCAAGCUUAGCGCUGAUGAGUAUAAGGUCGUAUGCUCAAUCUCACUGGUCAUUACACUAAUCCGGGUGUGGGGAUACGGAACCGAAAAUCUUCAGUCCCGUCGCUUCCAGAUGCUGCUGAAUUAUCUGGACCUUGUUCAUGCAAUUCGCGUCCUUUUGCUCCGUGAAACAUCUCGGAAGUCAAGAGACUAUUACAGAUCUCAUAUUCAGAGAUAUCUAGAGACUGUCCUGGUGUUAUAUCCCGAUUUUACACUAAAACCAAACCACCAUUUCUCACUCCAUGUUCUCACUGACCUGGAAACCAUGGGCCCAGGUCAUGCUCGGAGUACCCCAGUAUUUGAGCGAAUCAACCAUUCCUUACAAGAACUUAAUGCGAACCAACACCUAGGU